CUCGCGUUGCUGUUGUUUAUUCUUUUUGGUCUCAGAACUUUUCUUUGUUGUUCCGCAAAACUGAUUUUCCACUGCAAUCUUUCUGAUUUUGAAACUCUUUACCUUUCUCAACUGCCAUCAUGGACUACGACAGAGUCAAAGACUUGAAAGGCGUUCUUCGAAACGAUUUCUACUGGGGCUAUGCUACAGCUGCGACGCAGGUUGAAGGCGGAUGGAAUGCAGAUGGUAAAGGCGAAUCAAUCUGGGAUCGCUUUGCGCAUACGCCAGGCAAAGUCAAAGAUGCAAGCACACCAGACGAUGCUGUUCUCUCAUACUACAAAUACAAGGAAGACGUUGCUCUGUUGAAAUCUUACGGUGUGACUGGGUAUCGCUUUUCCCUUUCAUGGUCGCGCAUAAUUCCUCUCGGCGGGAAAGACGACCCCGUGAAUGAAGCUGGCAUACGAUACUACUCCAACCUCAUCGAUGAGCUACUUGCGAAUAAAAUAACCCCAUUUGUUACUCUCUUUCAUUGGGACACUCCUCAAGCGUUGGAAGAUCGAUAUGGUGGAAUGCUUAACAAGGAGAAAUACACGCCAGACUUUGUUCGGUAUGCUUCAGUCUUAUUUGAACGAUUUGGAGAUCGAGUUAAGCAUUGGAUAACAUACAACGAGCCUGGAGUCUACACCCUUGCAGGCUAUGCAGCAGGUGUUCAUGCACCAGCUCGGUCUUCCAAUCGAGCUUUGAAUGAAGAAGGGGAUUCAAGCACAGAACCUUUCAUCGUUGGGCAUACCGAGCUAGUUUCUCAUGCUUAUGCCGUAAAGUUAUAUCGAGAAAAAUUCCAGAAAGAGCAGAAAGGGAUAAUUGGUAUUACGCUGCACGGGAAUUAUUCAGAGCCGUGGGACGAAAACGAUCCACUGGACGUCGAAGCAGCAGAACGAGCAAGAGAAUUUGAAAUCGCAUGGUAUGCAGACCCAGUCCACAAAACUGGAGAUUAUCCAGCGAGCAUGCGAGCUCAGCUUGGUGAUCGACUGCCACGAUUCACAGCAGAGGAAUCGAAACUCGUGCUGGGAAGUUCAGAUUUCUAUGGCAUGAACAGCUAUACCACCUUUUACAUUCGACAUAAAGAUACACCUCCAGAGCUUAAUGACCAUUCUGGAAAUGUGGACAAAUUGGAUACGAACAGCAAAGGUGUGAGUCGAGGUCCAGAAAGCGAUACAUAUUGGCUCAGGACAGCGCCUUGGGGAUUCAGGAAAUUGCUGAAUUGGAUAUGGAAGAGAUAUGGGGUGCCGAUAUACAUUACUGAGAACGGGACAACAGCGAAAGGUGAGACGGAGCCAAGUGAGGCAGUCCUGAAUGACCAAUUUCGAAUUGAUUUCUUCAACGGGUAUUUGGAAGCGAUUGGAAGAGCGGUUAAAGAGGAUGGAGUUGAUAUUAGGAGCUAUUUCGCUUGGACCUUUACUGAUAAUUGGGAAUGGGCAGCUGGUUAUACUGACAGAUUUGGUGUGACUUUCAUCGACUUUGAAUCCGAAGGAAAGAAGAGAUACCCAAAGAAGUCGGCGUAUGUGGUCAAGGAUUUAUUUCAGCAUAUGGUCAAAGCAUGAUCCUUGCUCAGCUUAAUUGUUGCUCACUGGUAUGGCACAACCAGGUCUUGAAGACGUACUUUCAAAGGCAUAUCAUUCGCCCUAAGAUCUUGGGACAUUUGCACCCGCAGACAGCAGAGUUGGAGGAGG